ACGAAAAUAAGGACUGCAUCGUUGUUGGAUUAGUUACAAAACCGAUUGUUACAACUAAAGAGGCUGGCCACACAAUCUUCCUCAAUAGUGGUGAAAUUAUUCCUCAGUUACGACUGCAUCAGUUGAAAUAUCCUGUUUCAUUCGGUAAAUUACCUAGCUUCUCGGAAACUAUAUCGCUGUCUCCGGACCUUCAGUCCGAAGACAACGAUGUAAUUUCCGGAGAGCUAGGUAAUUUACCGAAUGAAACAGAGGAUAAUAGCUGUAAAUAA